AUGUCGCGACUGUUCAAGCGUGGCCGCACGCCGUCGGAUGCCUCGUCUCAUCAGCAGCGUCUGCCCUUCUCCAAUGACGAGCUCCAGCAGGAAGAUACCGAGAAUCAGGACACUGCUCCGCGCUCGACCACCCACAGAGCAAGAGCUCGCUCAAUAACGUCGGCCUCGGCUCUCUCGUCCUCGUACAAGACUCCCAGCAGGUCUUACAUCCACCAUGCUGCCCACGGCUUCCAAGGUGUGCGCGAACAGACGGCCGAACUCUCUUCCUCUUUCCUAGGCGACUCGGACGCUCGUAGAAAUUCUCAGCCUCUGAACCGUCAAUCCCAAGACUCGUCUACCCAUCGCAGAAGCUUCGACUCAGCUUCAUCUCCCAGGCAGUCGCUUGAAUUGGCUCACCACAGAAGGAGCGUUGAUUCGGAAAGAUCUUUGGCCGACGAUGAAAGGCCGCAGAAGGGACAGACCCGCCCGGAGGUCAUCCAGGAGCAAUCCGAGCCUGUCUCGCCCGAAGUUUCGUCCUCCAAUCUGUCCGACAUGCCAUGGCAACAGGGCGACGACCAGCUACGCCCACGACCUCGUCCUUACAGUGACGUACCGAGCCUGAUCAUCAGCGAAGCUGGCGAGGAUGACGCUGACGAGGAAACUCCUCUUNUUGGAAGACGCUCAUCGAGACGCGCAUCGGCCUACAAGACUUUGGACGGUGCUCAAGAUGGCGACGAGGACGAGGAAGACAUUGAGAGCCAACGCCUACCGCGAGUCAAGUCAUGGCAGAAGCUGCAGCACGCCUAUCCCUCCUUACGGAAAGUCGCGGCUGAUGGAUACCGCGUUGCGACACACCCCAAGGAGUGGGAUAUGCAGCAAGUUUUCAAGACGGUCGUUGUCAAACCCGCGCUGGUCAUGCCCUCGGUCUUUCUCGGUGUCCUUCUCAAUCUCCUGGAUGCCCUUUCCUACGGAAUUAUUCUUUUCCCUCUUGGUGAGGAAGUCUUUUCCAGCAUGGGUGCUGACGGUGUCUCAAUGUUCUACGUUAGUUGCAUCACUGCUCAAUUGACUUAUUCAAGCGGUAGCAUCUUCAGUGGAGGCGUUGGCUCCGAGAUGAUUGAGGUCGUGCCGUUCUUUCACAAAAUGACCUACAUGAUCAUGGCGCGUAUGGGAACCGGCAACCCUGACGCUCUGAGAGCCACCGUCAUCACUUCUUAUGCAAUGAGCUCUAUCCUUACCGGCCUCGUCUUCCUCAGUCUUGGUGCUGCCAAGUUGGGCACACUUGUCAACUUCUUCCCUCACAGCAUUCUUACUGGUUGUAUUGGAGGUGUUGGUAUUUUCUUGUUUGUCACUGGUAUUGAAGUCUCGGCANGAUUGGAUGGCAACCUCGAGUUCACUUCUGCUGUUCUUCACAAGCUCUUCCAAGCAGACACGAUCGUGCUCUGGUUGCCUCCUCUUCNNCUGGCCAUUCUUUUGUUGACUGUUAAGCAUUACUACGACAGACCAUGGCUUGUCCCUGCAUACUACAUUGCCAUUACUGCCAUCUUCUACAUUGUGGUCGCUGCAGUACCCGACCUUGGCAUGGAGAAACUGCGCCGUAAAGGCUGGGUCUUUGAUGCCCCACAAGCUGGUCUGCCAUUCUAUAAUUUCUACAGCCACUACAAGUUCCAUCUUGUGGACUGGAGCGCAAUCUGGAUGACUGUGCCUACCCAGUUCGCUCUUACUUUCUUCGGUAUCCUGCACGUUCCCAUCAACGUGCCCAAUCUGGCCAUCGUUGUGCAAGAAGACAAUGUCAGUGUCAACAGAGAACUGAUUAUGCACGGCAUCUCGAACACUUUGUCUGGUUGUGUUGGUAGCAUUCAGAACUACCUGGCUUUUGUCAACAGUGUACUCUUCAUUGAGACCGGAGGUAACAGUCGUCUUGCUGGUUACAUGUUGACUCUGGCCACUUUCGGUCUUCUUGUUGCUGGCCCUGUCGUCAUUGGCUAUGUGCCGGUCAUGGUUGUCGGUACCUUGAUCUAUAUGCUUGGUAUUGACCUUGCGCAAGAAGCCAUUUGGGCUACCUACGGAAGACUACACCGUCUGGAGUAUGCUACCAUUGUCAUCAUCUCGUUGGUCAUGGGUGCCUAUGACUUCGUUGUCGGUAUUGCUGUCGGUAUUGGUCUUGCUUGUCUAGUGUAUGUUGUGCAGACAUCACGCAAGACCGUCAUUCGCGCCGAAUUCUCUGGUGCCGUGGCCGAGUCGACUGUACGUCGUCAUCCUCGUCAACGUGAAUAUCUCCACAAAGUCGGUCCCCAGAUCCGCGUCGUCAAGCUAGGUGGUUAUCUCUUCUUCGGCAGUAUCGUCAAGGUUGAGAAANAGGUCAGAGCUCUGAUAGAAGCAGAGGCUUUCGCCGCAGAACCGAUUCGCUAUCUGAUUUUGGACUUCUCUCAUGUUGCCGGUAUCGACUUUUCCGCAGCUGAGGCCUUCAACCGAAUGAACCGUAUUCUACACCGUCGCGAUGUGACGCUGGCUCUAGCAGGUGUAAGCCUGGAUGGUGAGAUUGGCAGGAGUCUCCAGAUGGUUGGUCUUUUCGAAGACCCCGUAGAGGAUUCCACCAUCCCACCUCCAAAAGUUUUUGAGGACCUUAAUGGUGCGCUUGAAGCUUGCGAGAACGAGAUGUUGGUAAUUCUAUCCGACAAACAGCGUAUCGAGGCUUUGAACCAGCAANAGGAGGCUUCCGCUGAAAGCAUUGACAUUCCUUCAAACUUAACCAUCCAGACACCUGCGUCGAUUGACAUGAACGUUGGGUCACCUCGACGUAACUUCCUGCACCAGGCUGCCACGACAACGCUAGCAUCUAGCCAUGGACCAAAUGGUGACAGCAACCGCUGGAAGCACUUUAAGCAGCCGCUACCACUCAUUUUGCAAUCUUUCCAGGGUCUCACAACACGCAACGAAGACUUCUGGUUCCGCGCCGUGUCUUACUUCGAACCUCGCAGCUACCCUGCAGGCAAAAUUCUGUACUCGCGCGGCGACCAGCCUGAUGGCUUCUACCUUCUCCAAUCCGGCAUACUACGCGCAGAGUACGAUCUCGAUCAAGGAAGUUACCACGAAAGCAUCGUCUCCGGCACGACAUGUGGCGAGCUACCUUUCUUCUCUGAAACCGCACGGACGAGCACCGUCAUGGCGGAAAUGGACUGCGUUGCUUGGCUACUGACACNNUUGGAAGCCUGGGAGAGAAUGCAAGAGAAAGAGCCAGAAGUGGCCAAGGAGAUUUUGAAGGUUGGAAUGAAGUUGAGUGCUGAGAGGAUGAAUGCCAUUACCUCAUAUGUCCUUAUCACGGCCAGUUGA